AUGGGCGGCCAAGGAGAAGAAAAAGGAAGUGUGGGCUGGCCUGCCGGCCCAGUGGAAGAAGAGGAAGAAGGGCUUAAGCCCGUGUGUGAUUUAAAGAAAGGAAGAGGAGAUGGGCUGGUGGCCCGAGGUGGAGAAAGAAAGAAGGGAAGGGGAAGCGGGCUUGAGGCCCGACAACUGAAGGAGGCGGAGCCUUGCGAGGGGAAAGGAGGGGCCGUCUCCGCUGGUGAAUAA